AUGUUGGAUCAUCCAAUAUCUUCCGACAACCAGUCCCAUAAAAAACCUAAAAGUAAUCUUCCUUCAAGAAACCCAAUUCGGGCUUUCUUCUACAAAACUUUCCAGCUUUUCAUAAUCCUCCUCGUUCAAUUCUUCGUUCUCCAAUUCAUUUUCAGCGCUCCGUCGAAAUCUGCGUUGUUACUUUCUAAUCAGAACUUGCCGGAAACUAUUUCGCUGCCGCCACCGCCGCCGCCAAUCGCAGAGGUAAGAAUAAGUUCAGAGAAAUCGAAGACUGGUGCCGAUUCAGUUCACCGGAAAAAUGGAGGAGUACUCUCGUCCGAGAAAUUGGUCGGUAAAUGCGAGCAUGGGAUGGUGUACGUGUACGAACUUCCGGCGAUGUUUAACCAGGAGUUGCUGGACAACUGCGGCGAUUUAGAUCCAUGGCACUCGCGUUGCAACGCAGUUUCGAAUCGAGGCCUCGGGCCGAGAGCGGCCGGGCUUUCCGGCGUGCCGGAAAAUCUUCUUCCGUCGUGGUACUGGACGGAUAUGUUCGCCGGGGAAAUUAUCUACCACGCCAGAAUCAUGGACCACGCGUGCCGGACGACGGUGCCGGAGCUCGCCACGACGUUCUACAUACCGUUCUACGCCGCCGUCGCCGUCGGGAAGUACUUGUUCACGAGCUACACGGCCAAGGAGCGGGACACGCUCUGCGAGGGGCUGCUCCGGUGGGUCAGCGAUCAGCCGCCGUGGCGGAGAUCCAACGGCUCCGAUCACUUCAUCAUGCUCGGAAGGAUGACUGCUCAUCUUAUUAAGCGUGCUUCUGAACAAGUGGUUAAGUGCUUACCGAAUCAGUCCAAAAUAUUUGGCUGA